UAAGAAAAGUAAAGAAAGAUUUAAACUACUAUAUUUUUUAUAAACUAUUGACAUUUAAUCAACUACGAUAGACAGGUCAGCAUAUUUACAUAAUGAUAAGAAGGUGACACUCACGUGAUUUCUUCAAAUCAAAGAAAUAAAGCAUAUGUGUUAACAAUCGGACAGAAGGAACAUAAGAAUCAUAUUUGAUUUAUCAAAAUGAGGUUCAUAUCUAAUUAACAACGUAUGCAGCAUUUAGACUGGAUUGAAACAAUGAGAAUGUAAGAUGCUCUAUAAUAUGUACGAAAACGUGUCGGAAGUGACUAAUUCUUAAACGCCGAUGCCAAACGAAGAGAAAAUGACCAAGACAAUGUUAGAUGAUUAUGUAAUCACCGAUGUCAAAUUAGCAAGACAAUAAACACCGAUGUCAAAGUAAAGAAAACCACCAAGACAACACUAGAUAUAUGUGUCAUAUAAGAUGUAUUUACAAAUGGAAAAAGCAUUGGGCAUCAUUCAAAUCGACGAUAUUAAAAACAACUGAGAGAUUUUUACCAAAGGCAGAAAACCGACGUCAUUUUUAGUGUAACAUUUCAACAACAAUGAAUAAGGAAGAAAGGAUCAUUUGAUGUCAAGUUUCCAUAUCAACAAUCAACAAUAAAUAAGGAAGAAGGUUCAUUAAAUGAAAUGAUUAGGGUCAAGUUUCUAUAGCAACAACUAUGAAGGAAAUUUAGGUCUAGUUUCUAUUGCAACAAUAAAAAGGAGAUCAAGUUUCUUAGCAAACAAUUUUAUUAGAUGAAAGAAACCGAAACAAUACAGCGGAAAAUGUUUCGUAGAAUAAACAAAAACAUGAUAAUUAUAAUACUGCUUCAGCUUGUGCUUAUAUAUAUGGUACUGUAUUACAAUGUUUCAAAUACUGAACAAACGUACCAACGACAAAGUAUAAAUGAAGACGAUAAAAAGUCCGCGAGAAGUCUUACAAAAUAUAUAUUUAAUUGUACAAAUAUAAACAACAUCAGAUUGUUCAAGUAUGAUAUUGGUGGAGGGAUGUCGAAAAGCAUCGAUAUUGGUACAUUUGAAGGAGAAACGGUUGUGGUGAAAAGACUUUCACCACGUAAAAACCCUAAAGAAAGGGAUGCACAGUUCAGAGAAGUGCUGUUCAUGAAAGACAUACUAAUGCGAGACCAGCUAGACCAUUCAUCAAUUAUAAAAAUGUUAGGCUUUUGUGUGAAUCAUUUAAAGCACGAUCUUAAUAUCUACCAAGGUUAUCUACCUUUUGGGGACAUUUCUGCUGUGUAUGAAUUUGGCCAAGAGUUCAAAAUUGCCAAAGUCAAAUUUAAAAUAGAGGAAAGACUGAAUCAUGCGGUAGACUUAGCUGAUCUGAUAUUUUAUUUGCAUCAUUCUCCGCUUGGGUCUUUAAAACUUGUUGAUUUUUUGCCAUAUGACCAUUUCCUAAUGGUCAAGGGUAAGAUCAAGUUGAUUGAUCUAGAUUACAUAAGUAAUGUGGAGCCGUCGUGUGAGUUCUCGACUGGAUGUGCUUAUUAUAAUAUCACAUGUCAACCAUUAAAUAAUUACGAAAUUCAAUAUACCAAUUGUAAAUCUAUAAGUAAUUGCACAAUUGGUGUGUGCAGAGGAACAAAUCUAAAACAUAAUUUGGCUAGAUUCACUGAAUCAUUCUUCGUACAUCUCUUAAAACCGGAAUUAUAUCCUUUACACAUGCAAAACAAACUACUACAAUUACUGCAACGUCUUGACAAACAUAAUAUACACAUUGAUGAUAUGUUAGAUGAGUUGAGAGAUAUCAAGCAAGCAUACCCGACAUUAAAAGAGCAUUUGAAAACGUCAUUUUAGAUGUACAACUUACUAUAUAUAGUGUGGACAGUCAAGCAUAAAAUUAUACAAGUUUUUGAUCACCUCUAUAGAGACCAACUAUUAGAUACAUGAUUGUAUGUAGUGUGGCGAAUCGUUUGUAGUGUCGAUUUAUUUCACUAUGAUCUCAAAAUUUUCACUGACUCUGUAUUGUGGACGUUAUUUGUACAAUGUGGUGUCGAUUUAUUUCAUGAUUGAUGGUAACACUAAUGGGCAUGAUUGUCUGUUAUGUAGACAAUUAUUUGUGCAAUGAAGUGUCGAUCUAUUUCUCCAAUGAUUAUACUAAUCAAUAUGAUUGUCGGAAGUGUUGAAAAUUAUUUGUAUUAUGGAUUUAUUACACCUUUGAUGACACUAAUGAAAUAAAAGACUGUAGUGUUGAAAAUUAUUUGAAGUGUCAAUUUAUUUCACCUAUGGUUACACUAAUGUUCAUGACUGUCUGUAGCGUAGACAAUUAUUUGUAGUGUCGACUAUUUCCCCGACGAAUACAAUAAUGCGUAUGCCUAUCUUAAGUGCGAACAAAUUUUUGUUCAAAGUAGUUUCGGUUCGUAUGGCUGUCUAUUUUUAGCAUUACUUUACCUUUGAUUACACUACAGUGUUUGAACUUCUAUAGUGUGGACACUUAAUUAUUUUGUAAUGUCCAAUUGUUUAAUUACUUGAUGUCUUUUGGUUUUUGUGGACAACUAUUUAUACAAGAUAGUAUCAAUUUGUUUCACCUAAGAUUGCACUAAUGUGUAAGACUGUCUGUAGUUUGGUCAAUUAUCUAAAGUGUCAAUUUAUUUUAUAUAUGAUCACACAUAUUUUUAUGACUGGAUGUAGUUUGAACAACUAUGGAUAGUGUCGAUUUACUUCACCUAUGAUUACACUAAAAAUGACUAAUGUGUAAGACUGUAGAUUCGACAAUUAUUUGCAGUGUUGAUUCAUUACACCUAUGAUAAUACUAUUAUGUAUGACUGUCUGGAGUGUGGAGAAUAAUUUGCAGUGUUCAUUUACUUCAACUACGAUAUCAUUAAUAUGACUCACAAUUAUUUGUAGCGUCGAUUUACUUCAUCUAUGAUUACACUAAUUUUGUAUGAUUAUCUUAAGUGUGGAUAAUUAUUUGAUGUGUCAAUUUACUUCAACUAUAAUAGCACUAAUAUGCAUGACUGACUGUAGUAUGGAAUUGUUUUGUAGUGUCGAUUUACGUGUAAGAUUGUAGUGGGACAAUUAUUUGUAGCGUCGAUUUAUUACACCUAUCAUGAUAUGUAUGACCGUCUGUAGUUUUUGACAAUCGUUUGUUGUGUCGAUUGUUUCACUUAUGAAUACAUAAAUGUGUAUGACUACCUGUAUUGUAGAUAACUAUUAGUGGUGUCAUAUUAUUUUCUCUAUGGUAAUCACUGAGGUAACAAAUAUUGCUCGAGGGACAACACACUUAUUAUUAUCCUCAUAACAACAUGGCACCAUAUAGUGUGUGCAUUUUACAACUUGUAACGUUGUACCAAAUUACAUCUAUGGUUGUACUAUUAUCAAGAUCAUGAAACGGACUUUAAACUCAAAAGUUACUCUGACAAGGUCAUAAAUUGCUUUAAAAAAUAUUUGCAUUCGAUAUCAACAACUUAUAUGCAAAUAUGAUAUUUUUUAUCAGAUGGUAUUUCUCACCCUUCCUUAUAUAUAAUACAGCGUGUACAGAAUAAAGGGAAUGUGAAACCCACUAUAACACAAUUUGACAUAAGCUGUUACAAUAUAUACGACUUUAUACUUACUUAAUCGAUUUAAUUCAAAACAACCUCCAUUAGGUUAAUUUUGAAGAUAACAUUAUUUCAAGGGUAUAUUUUACAGUGGUUAUUUAAGUACAUCAUUUAUGAACUUAACAAAAUGACAUUGGGUGUUCUUUUUGAUAUAGCAGAUGUCGCUAUAUGUUUUCGAUAGAAAUGUUUGCUUUUUUGUUUGAUAAGAUAUUUACUUUAAAAAUAAUCAUACUUAAGAAGCAGCUGUCACAAGGAUGAUUGAAGGUAUUUAGCAGAACAGAAAGUACGCCUAUUCUGCAGCAUUGCUAUAGUUUUAAUAAAAAAAAAAAGAAGUCGAUAUCUGACGUUUUUGGCUGUCGUGGAUAAAAACAAAACACGCCUUUUAUGCAUUUUAUGCAGCAUGAAGUUGCUAUAAUUAUAGUAAAAAAGAAGUCGAUAUCUGAAUACACAGAUAUAUAAAUUCAUUGUUUGCCAAUUUAGAAUUUUGGUAAUGGCACGACUUAAAAAAUAUAUAUUUUAUCAAGGACUUUAAUAGUACAACUAAACACUUGUUAUGAGUUACAAUUUAUGACUAAAAUCAGCAAAGACCCAUCGAAACAACAUCUGAUUCGAAAAUUUAAUAACACUUUUAGAUAUUUAAAUGAUAUAUUGGCUCUCAAUUAUGACGACUUCAGUAUGUACACUAAAGAGAUUUAUCCUGCCGAACUGACUUUAAAUAAAGCUAAUACUAACAAUGAACACUGCCCUUUCCUGGAUCUUGAUAUCUAUAUUUUUAACGGGAAGCUUAAUACGAAAAUUUAUGAUAAAAAAGAUGAUUUUUCAUUUCCUAUUGUUAAUUAUCCAAGAAACAAAAUAUGAAGAUAUGAUAGUACAAUAAAUGCAUCCAGAUUAUAAAGCAAACUGAGUGCUUAAAUUUAUAUUGCGAUUGGUUUGUGCAAUGUGCAUUAGACAUCCGAAUUGUAGAAUCUUGGAUUUGCAAAAGGGUUAUGAAAAAAUGAUGUACACUCCUAAGUUAUAAAUAAAAUAGUCGAGCCUUAAAAUGUAUAUUCAAAUAGUAGCUGUAUAUAUACACUCUUCUAUUCACAACUAUCCAACAUUGCUUUCAACUGACGUAUGCAAGAAUCUACACACGAUUACAUAUGUUUAAUAAAGGUGUUUUAACAUCAUCAUUAUCUUUUUCUAUUCAAAGUCAAUUAUUUAAAUUCAAAAGCAAACAAAAAUUAAGCAACACAUUUUUGGUGACCAGUCAGCGGUCUUAGGUUCACGUGUUGCUUUUCUUUUUUUAAAUAAACACUAUACUGAAAAAAUAUGUAUGUAAACAUUUUAUACACGCAAAUGUAUCGUACACUACAGGUGUAUAUAUUAUAUGUUAAGUCAUCAAUAUAAAAUAUGAUUCCCUCCCGAAGAUA